UCGUCGGACUUUGGACGACUAAAGUUAGACUUCAUCACUCUGAGAGCUCACGUCGAUCUGCGUACGACGGCGAUGACGCAGAUCAUCAGAUCCAGCCCCGUUCUCGCUUUCAUCAGCUUACAGAUUUGCUUGAUCUUCUUCGCUUCAACUCUCCCAUACACUUCUGGGUCUGAAGAUAGUUACACUAUUACUGGUAGAGUGAAGAUUCCACCAAGCAACGUGAUUGGUCACACAGCAAAGUUCUCAAAUGUUAAAGUUAUACUCAAUGGUGGACAGAAGAUUACGUUUCUUAGGCCUGAUGGAUACUUUACUUUUCACAAAGUGCCUGCUGGGACUCAUUUGAUUGAAGUCUCUGCAAUGGGGUACUUCUUUUCUCCUGUAAGAAUAGAUGUUAGUGCUCGGCAUCGGGGCAAGGUUCAAGCAACACUAACAGAAACCAGGAGGAGUCUUACCGAGAUGGUUUUGGAGCCAUUGAGGGAAGAGCAAUACUACGAGAUUCGAGAGCCGUUCAACGUUAUGUCACUUGUGAAAAGUCCAAUGGGUCUCAUGGUGGGAUUCAUGGUCGUGGUUGUGUUCCUAAUGCCCAAACUGAUGGAAAACAUAGAUCCAGAGGAGAUGAAGCAAGCACAAGAGGAAAUGAGGAGACAAGGCGUCCCUUCCCUCACGAGCUUAUUGCCAGGCGCUGGUGCUAGCCGCUAAGAAGUUCCUCGGUUGGGUUAGACGUAUGUAUCACAAACGGAGCAGAGAAAGAACCGUCUCAGUGAGUUUGGUUCCUCAUCUGCAAAUGAUAUGUAAAAUCAUCAUCUUGUUCGUAUGGCUUGUAUACUUAAAACGCUCUCUAGCUCACUUACUUUCACUUGAUGUAAUGAAGAAUAUAAACAAUACAUGUUUCAAAUAGUAUUCUGAUUUUCAAAAUUUUGCGUUGA